ACUCACACACACACACACACACACAUAAAAAAAAAUUAAAAAAAAUAACACUAAAUCAAGGCAACGUUCUGGUUGCAUAGAGAAAGGCAAGUGAUUUUAUUUAGAGGUCUGUGUUAUCAGAUAUAUUUAUUCCCCAGCUGUGUGUGACACUUUGCUGAAUUGCCUACAAUGCAGUCAGUUGCUGUUUAGAUGAUGACCCAAACCUCAACGAUGGUUGUACAAAGUGUAAAAUGGAUGAUAGCUUUGAUUGUGACUGUGGUGAGCUCGAGCCACCUGAUCAUUAGCGGGAGACAUCUUUAGAACUAGAAAAGCUGCCACAAGUUCUCAUUGCUUGACCCGACAAAAAGGAAAAAAUAAGUGUUCUUCAGCACUAUAGAAUGACGCUGCUCAGGACCAGUCUUACACUGAAUGUAUCUGCACUAUGAGGAGGAUGUCAAUAGAGGUUUAUUACGCAUAUAUGUAUUCUCACACACCCUGUUAAAUGUUAGCCUGUUUACAGCUGUAGUUUGGAUGCAUCUGUCUGUCAAAGUUAUUCCGUUGCAAUCAAACUUUAGUUUUGAUUUUUAAUGUCUGCAGGGAUGUCCUUUUUUGAAUUAGAAAUUUAACAUUUGCUAGUACAAGUACAUCUGAGAUCAGAAUUUCUAGUCUGUGAGCUGUUCACUCCUCCCAAAAGGAGGGAUUCGAACUGGGAGAGAGUUGUCUUGCUUCACCUAGUCUAGAUGGAGAACAAAUUUCAAAGAGAAAACACCUUGAGGUUAAGAAAAGGUUUAAGUUGUAUUGCUUUUUCAGGAAGCUCUUUGCUGUAGAAGCUGAUUUUUGAAAUAGUCAUUAGUUCUGACCUAGGAUUGCGAGUCUUGAUAGAAAAGGAAAGUUUGAGGGUUAUAAACAUGGCAGAAAAGUUUGAAAGUUUAAUGAACAUUCAUGGUUUUGAUUUGGGUGCUCGGUAUAUGGACUUGAAGCCACUCGGGUAUGGAGGCAAUGGUCUGGUUUUCUCUGCUGUGGACAAUGACUGUGACAAGCGAGUGGCUGUCAAGAAAAUUGUCCUGAGUGACCCCCAGAGUGUCAAACAUGCCUUACGGGAGAUCAAAAUCAUCCGACGACUUGACAAUGAUAACAUAGUGAAAGUUUUUGAGAUUUUGGGUCCAAGUGGUAUACCGAUGUCUGAUGAUGUGGGUUCCAUCCCAGAACUGAAUUCAGUAUACAUUGUUCAGGAGUACAUGGAGACGGAUCUAGCAAAGUUGUUGGAACAGGGCCAAUUCUCAGAAGAGCAUGCUAGGCUCUUCAUGUACCAGCUGCUUCGUGGGCUAAAAUACAUCCAUUCGGCUAAUGUGCUGCACAGAGAUCUCAAACCAGCUAAUCUCUUCAUUAACACUGAGGAUUUGGUGUUGAAAAUAGGGGAUUUUGGUCUGGCACGCAUCAUGGAUCCCCAUUACUCUCACAAAGGCCAUCUAUCUGAGGGCUUGGUCACAAAGUGGUACAGAUCUCCACGCCUCCUUCUCUCUCCCAACAACUACACCAAAGCCAUUGACAUGUGGGCUGCUGGCUGUAUCUUUGCAGAAAUGCUGACUGGAAAAACACUUUUUGCAGGUGCUCAUGAGCUGGAGCAGAUGCAGUUGAUUCUCAAUACUAUCCCUGUUGUCCACGAAGAAGAUCGACAGGAGCUCUUGCACGUGAUCCCAGUUUACAUAAAAAGCGACAUGACUGAGCCACACAAUCCAUUGCCAGAACUACUUCCUGGCAUCGGACCUGAAGCAUUAGAUUUUCUGGAACAAAUUUUGACCUUCAAUCCAAUGGACAGACUGACAGCAGAGGAAGCCUUGGCACAUCCAUAUAUGAGUAUUUAUUCCUUCCCGAUGGAUGAACCCAAGUCCGCUCACCCCUUUCACAUUGAGGAUGAGGUUGAUGACAUGUUGCUUAUGGAUGAGAGUCACAGCCACAUUUACAAUUGGGACAGAUAUCAUGAAAGUGAAUUGUCAGACCAUGAUUGGACUUUGCAUGGUAAUUUUGAGGCAGAUGAUGUUCAGCGUGACCCGCGAGCAAUGUCUGACAUGACCGAGGAAGAGGAGGUGCAAGUGGACCCUCGCAAGUAUAUGGACGGAGACCGUGAGAAGUAUUUGGAGGAUCCUGCCUUUGACUUGAACUUUUCCACUGAACAUUCUUGGCCACAUCCAGAUCACCAUGAAAACAAAUACUGUGAUCUGGAAUGCGGGCAAACCUGUAACUAUAAAGUUGGGUCCCCAUCCUACUUGGAUAACUUAGUAUGGAGGGAAACUGAAGUCAAUCAUUACUAUGAGCCCAAGCUUAUUAUUGACCUAUCUAACUGGAAAGAACAGAUCAAAGAGAAGCCAGAUAAAAAGAGCAAGACAAAGUGUGAACGGAAUGGAUUGGUGAAAGCACAGUUAGCUCUAGUGGAGGCAUCGCAGCAGAUAGUUGAGAAGGACAAGGAGAAGGAUCAUAGCUUUGACUUUGAUUCUUUCAUUGCAGGCACCAUCAAGCUUAGCUUGCAGCCAGAGUCUCCUGAUGUAGACAAGCUCAAUGACUUGAACAGCUCAGUGUCUCAGUUGGACCUGAAAACUUCAAUGUCUAACUGCAAGUCUGUCAGUCAGGAGAAAGAGGAGAAGGGGAUUGCUAAUUUGGCGCAGCUAGAGUGCCGGAGCCAGAAUCCAUGGGAAAGUCAAAUUGGAAACGGAGGAAGUGCUGGCGUGGAUGAGAGCUGUAUAAUCAAUCUAGAAGAAGAGGUUUGUUGGGACACAAGGAAGGAUGAACAGCUAGAGAAAGAAAACACAUUCACUAGUUACUUAGACAAGUUUUUCAGCAAAAAAGAGGACCCUGAAAUGGCAGAAUCUGAGCCAGUAGAUGAGAGGAAGCAGGCGGAUCGAGCCAGCGAAGAGAAUGCGAAAGCGAGCAAUAGAAAUGGAGAAAUCCCGUUUAGCAAACAGUUAGAAUCUAUAGGUAUUCCUCAGUUUGACAACCCUGUCGGUUCACCCCUGAAAUCUAGAGCAAUUCAGGCUACAUUAGCACCACCUGCUGCAAAAUUGUCUCCUCAGAUUCCUCAUAAAGCCUAUAGUAACAUCUUGAAACAUCUGAACUGAAUACACCACUCGGCAGACAUUUGUUUUGUAUCAUAUGUGCAUUUGUCUCGUUCUUUCCAGUCUUGAAAAACGUUUUAUUUUUAAACUUGAAUCACUUGUAGUUUCAGCCCGUGCUCCAUUGGUUUGAAUCGGUUUACGAUUUUUAUGUGUCUCUUUAUUUUUUUUUUGAACAUUACAUUUUAAAAAAAACGUUUUUUGUAAACUUCUACGUCAUUUGCACACGGUUUGAAAGAAAUAAUGUACAUUGCAAAAAAAAAACUAAUGCAGAAAAUAGUGACGGCGGAAAGGUGGUGAUAAAAUGCACUAAGCCAACUGGACACGUUUCAUUUGUGAAACAAAAUGGCUGGCAAGCACAGCCAGCUUGUUUUGCAGAUGGAAUGGUUCCUACAUUGGCAAACACACAGUUGGAAUAUACAUGCAUGAGAUGUCUUUUUUUUAUAUAUAUAAAUUCAUUUAAAGACAAUUUGAAAUGGUUCGAAUCUUAAGCAGUGAAGUAUUUGUUUUCCCCAAGCAGUAUAUAUAUUAGAAAUUUUCUUUGCUUCGAUGUUUCUUAAAACAUGUGAUGCCAGCAAAAAAAAAACCAGCAAAUGAAUGCAGAUCGUGGUACGCAUGUGUUAUCUACCUCAAGGUAACGGCAAUGAGUGGCUGUCCUUGAGCCGCCCAUAGUGCUUCACAGCAUGCACGUGAACUUAUCCAGCAUCACUGUGCUAGCAGUUAUUCCUGUUUGAAAAAACAGUCCGUACUUGUAUAACUUUCUGGUAUGCAUUUUUCCAUAGUAAAAGUGUCCACCUCCAUUAUUUAUUUUAGCAGAUGUAAGAUUUUCUCUGUAUUUAUUUUUAAUUUUAUAGUUUCAAUGUGACUUUAAAAUAAAUUUUGAGGCAUUUUGAAGCUAACUAUGUGUUUAGCACUAUGGUUAGUCGCGUGUGUGUGUGUGUUUAAAAAAAACAAAUAAAAUGAAAACUCCACUCGUCCUAGAGCUUUUCACACUUUUUUUUUUUGCCCCACUUAGAAUUGGUUUAUUUUGAAGAGCAUUCACUAUGUAUAGGAAUUGAUGCAUUUUAGUGGUGCUUGACUUUCCAUCGAAAUGAAACCUGAUUUUAGAAUCCACUCCAAAAAGGCAAAUUUAGAAAUACUCCCAAGAAGUCUUAAAUUCUGUUUCAUUUGUUGAAACCUCACGAUGCUAGAAUUCUCUGCAUGGAAAUAAUUGAGUUACAAACAUUACUGUAAAAAUUAAAGCUGUAG